AUGGUCCGGUCGGAACCUGCGACGCGAGCGACCGCUUCUGAGGAUCGAAGCGAACAACGACGGGAGAGUUGGAUGGGCCAAGCAAGCAUGAUCGACGCAAGGGACAACCGAGAGCAGGGAGAGAGGAUCGGCGACGAGAGAAAGAAACGUCGCGCUCGAGGCCUUGGGGAGGAUGAUAGCCGACCGAGCGGCGUAGUUCUCGUCUAG